GCGCGUCAAGGCCGUUCAUUCUCCACUGGAGGGCGGGUGGUACAAGAGCACCGGGACACUCCGGCGGCAGGGAGACAGAGCAGACAGUCGGUGGGAGACGGGAUAGAGCAGCAGCUGGAAGACACACAGGCAGAGACACAGACAGGCAGCCUCACAGAGAGAACAUCCCGACCCGGACUCUGAGGAGCAUCAUUUAUUUCCGCCGUCGGAUUAAACCCGUCCCCAACAUCGAAAUCACGCCAAGACAUGAGCUUCUCCAACUGAACGUUAUUGAUGCUGAACUGAGUGGUCCAGUGCUGUCCUCCGGUGUUUCCCCUCCCCUCAGAUUUCUGUCUCUCUGUCUGUCACCUGGUUUGUGAGCAGCCAUGACGAAGUCCUACCUGUUCAACUGGCAGAAGCACCUGCCUGAGUUCAUGCAGGAAGGCACCUCAUUCGACAGGUUUGAUGAGGACCCGUACAUCUUUGAGCCCAACUGUCAGAUGACUGUGGACGAGUUUGGUUUUUUCAUCUGCUGGAAGAGUGAGGGGAAGGAAGGCCAGGUUCUCGAGUGUUCCCUCAUCAACAGUAUUCGCGUCGGCGCCGUCCCAAAGGACCCCAAGAUCUUGUCAUCAUUUGAGGCCGUUGGAAAGACUGAGUCAGACUUAGAGGGCUGCAUCAUCUGCAUCUGCAGCGGCACAGACCUGGUCAACCUCAACUUCAUGUUCAUGGUGGCGGAGAACCCAGACACAGCCAGGAAAUGGAUCGAGGGUUUGAGAUCAGUGAUUCACAACUUUAAGGCCAACAACGUCUGUCCAAUGACCUGCCUCAAGAAACAUUGGAUGAGAAUGUGCUUCCAGACCAAUGUGAAUGGGAAGAUUCCUGUGAGAGGCAUUACUCGAACAUUUGCAUCUGGAAAAACAGAGAAGGGGAUCUUUCAGGCUCUGAAGGAUCUUGGCCUUCCUAGUGGAAAGAAUGAUGAGAUUGAACCAUCAGAUUUCACCUUUGACAUAUUCUACGCGCUCACGCAGAAGAUCUGCCCUCGCACAGACAUAGAGGAACUCUUCAAGAACAUCAAUGGGAACAAAACUGAUUAUUUAACUGUAGACCAGUUAGUCAGCUUUCUGAAUGAAAACCAGCGUGACCCUAGAUUAAAUGAGAUCCUGUUCCCGUUCUACGACCCCAAGAGAGCCAUGCAGAUCAUCGAGAAAUACGAGAGAGAUGAAGAGCUGAAGAAGAAAGGUUGCAUGUCCAGUGAUGGGUUCUGCCGGUACCUGAUGUCAGAUGAAAAUGCUCCAGUUUUCUUGGACCGGCUGGAGCUGUACCAGGAGAUGGAGCAGCCGCUGGCCCACUACUUCAUCAGCUCCUCCCACAACACGUACCUGACAGGGCGACAGUUUGGAGGGAAGUCCUCAGUAGAGAUGUACCGUCAAGUCCUGCUGUCUGGAUGCAGAUGUGUGGAGCUGGACUGCUGGGAUGGUAAAGGAGAGGAUCAGGAGCCCAUUAUCACUCAUGGCAAGGCCAUGUGCACAGACAUCCUUUUCAAGGAUGUUAUCCAAGCCAUCAAGGAGACAGCUUUUGUGACCUCAGACUACCCUGUUAUUUUGUCCUUUGAAAACCAUUGCAGUAAACCACAGCAGUACAAGAUGGCCAAGUAUUGUGAGGAGCUCUUCGGUGAGUUCCUCCUCAAACAGCCUCUGGAAAACUACCCGAUUGAAUCCGGGCGCCCCUUACCCUCUCCAAAUGACCUCAAACGUAAAAUCCUCAUCAAAAACAAACGCUUGAAACCUGAAGUUGAACAGAAACAGCUCGAGGCCUUUAAGAAACACAUGGAGGCAGGAGAGACCAACACCCCCGCCAUCAUUAUGGGAGAGGAGAAUGAAGAGGACACGGAUAACGGAGAAAAGGAAGUUGAGGAUAAGGAUUUGAAUUCAGUGGCCCCCAGCAGUGUGUCAGAGGCAACCACUGAGAAAGAGUCUAAAAGUGUUUCCCAGAGUAACACAGUCGGUUUGAAGAAAGAGAAUGACCUCAGCAACAGUAUCAAGAAGGGGCCUGAAGAUGAAGUGACAGAGAUAUCAGAAGCCACAGAAGCAACAGACGCCACAGAUAUCUCAGAAGCAUCGGACCAAGACAAUAGCAAAAAGGUUGUGGAAGAGACGGAGGACUCUGAAGAGGCUCUGAUAGCUCAGUACACCUACGUAGGAGCCACCACUAACAUCCACCCAUGGCUCUCAGCCAUGGUCAACUAUGCACAGCCCGUCAAGUUCCAGAGUUUUGAUGUGGCGGAGGACAGGAACAUCCACCAUAACAUGUCAUCUUUUAACGAGUCUGUUGGUCUGGGCUAUCUGAAGACCAAUGCCAUCGAGUUCGUCAACUACAACAAGCGUCAGAUGAGCCGUAUCUACCCCAAAGGGGGCCGGGUGGACUCCAGUAAUUACAUGCCUCAGAUCUUCUGGAACGCAGGCUGCCAGAUGGUCUCACUCAACUUCCAGACCCCAGAUCUGGCCAUGCAGUUGAACCAAGGAAAGUAUGAGUACAACGGCUCCUGCGGGUACCUACUGAAGCCCGACUUUAUGCGGCGGUCAGACAGGAUGUUUGACCCUUUCUCAGAGACGCCUGUGGAUGGAGUCAUCGCUGCAACCUGCAGCGUACAGGUGUUCUCUGGUCAGUUCCUGUCGGACAAGAAAAUUGGCACGUACGUUGAAGUUGACAUGUACGGGCUGCCGACAGACACCAUCCGAAAGGAGUUCCGCACACGUAUGGUGAUGAACAACGGACUGAACCCAGCCUACAAUGAGGAGCCCUUCGUCUUCAGAAAGGUGAUCUUACCAGAUCUGGCAGUGCUGCGCAUCGGCGUCUAUGACGACAACAACAAGCUGAUUGGCCAGCGCAUCCUGCCUCUGGACGGCCUGCAGGCUGGCUACCGUCACAUCUCACUGAGGAACGAGGGCAACAAGCCCCUGUCGUUGCCCACCAUCUUCUGCCAAAUUAUCCUCAAGACCUACGUGCCCGACGGCUUCGGAGCAAUUGUGGAUGCUCUAUCGGACCCAAAGAAGUUCUUGACCAUAGCAGAAAAAAGAGCUGACCAGAUGAAGGCAUUGGGGAUUGACACGAACGACAUCGCAGACGUUCCCAGUGGAAGCUCAAAGAACGACAAGAAGGGAAAGGGUAAAGGAGACACCGUGAAGACCAAUGUGACACCGCAGACCAGCUCAGACAUGGCCCAGAACUCCAACUCUGCUCAAAAUAACACAGCAGAAACCAAAAAGGAUACUGCACUCGUGCCUAAUGUCAGCAUUGAUGACUUAAAACUAAUGAAGACGUACCUUAAAUUGAUUAAAAAGCAGCAGAAGGAGCUCAACACUUUAAAGAAGAAACAGUCAAAGGAUCAAAAUACAAUGCAGAAAGCCCACUGCACACAGGUGGACAAGAUGGUGUCACAGAAUGAUAAGGAGAAGACAACCCUGGAGAAACUACUAGAGAAAGCCAUCAAGAAACGAGGGGAAAACAACUGCCAAGAGCUAAAGAAGGAGACAGAAGAUAAGAUCCAAACACUGAUCGCCGAUCACAAAGUGAAGGUAAAAGACAUCACAGCACAGCACACUAAAGAGUGGUCAGAGCUGCUCAGUAGUCACAGCAGUGAGGAGCAGGUGAUGAAGGACAGCCACGUCACACAGCAGUGCGAACACCUCAAGAAACUCCUGACCACAGUCCAGGAGCAGCAGACCAUGCAGCUCAAACUCAUCCAUGAACGGCAGAGCAAGGAGAUGCGUGCCAACCAGGCCAAGAUGUCCAUGGAAAACAGUAAAGCCAUCAGCCAGGACAAGUCCAUAAAAAACAAGGCAGAGAGAGAGAGGAGGGUGCGGGAGUUAAACAGCAGCAAUACCAAGAAGUUCCUGGAUGAGAGGAAGAGGCUGGCCAUGAAGCUUCAGAAGGAGAUGGAGGUGCUACAGAAAAACCAGAGAGAACAGUUGGAGAAACUGGAGAAGUUCAAUGAGCAGCUUUUGAAAUCACACCAUGCAAACAAACAGGUUGAAGGCCAAGGACAUGCAACAGAUGGUGAAGUUGGAGGAGGAGAUGGACCGCAGACCUGCCACGGUGGUGUGAGCAACUGAGACAGAGGCACACACACAAACGUACACACACACACACACACACACACACACACUACACACACACACACGUGCAGGUGCAGAAAUACUCCACCACAGAUAGCCCUCUACAACCUAGAGACAUUACCCUGCCUACGUCACUGUAUCUCUACCUUUCCGUCAUGUUUCCCACACAAACAAACACAGUAGCCCUCCCCACUACACCCUUACCCCACCCACCAACUUUACACCACUGAGCCAUUGGUACUUAUCACUGUUUGACAGGGGGUUUAACCACUUAUCCCGAGAGGAAAUGUUACCUCGGAGGCGGAGCAACAUAGAAUCAGACGUAUCCCCUCCUCCACUGUAUGUAGAUCUAAAUGUUCUAUCGCCUUCAAUGUUCUCUUCAUCCUACGGGCAACACAAGCUGCAGCUACUGGUGGACUCAUACACACAAACACAACACACGCACAAACACGUUCACUCACGGGAGGGGGAUAUCCAUUCCCUUUUUUACUUUUCUUUCUUUCUUUAAAAAAUCGGUACCCGAUUAACCGCUCCAGAAACAUUGUGCAAGAGGAGAGAAGAAUAUGUAUAAGAUUUAAUGUCAUUUCAGCACAAAUGAAUAAACUUUGUGAAACACACUGUACGCUACACACCAGUCCUGUCCUGAACACUUUGUAUGUGAUAGACCAUCAUAACAAUGUGGGAAAUGUAGCAGUGCACUACUGUAGGUUUUCUGUAUUUCAGUAAGAAUGUAUUUAAAAGAAAAAGAAAUCACUGUAUGAAGGAGUAGCAAACCCCACGUGUCACCUAUACCUACAAUGCAAGCUGUGUGACUUCACAAAGAUGUUACUUACUUUUUUGUUCUUCAACAAUGUUACAGCCAACUAUAAAAAGGCUUAUUAUCUUGCUGAGUCAGAAGAGUAUAAAGGGAUCACGAUGGAUACAUGUUCAUUUUGAUUAUUUACUGAUUUUUCCAGGUCAAAUUUUAGUUUGAAUUACGAGAUUGUGCAACUGCUGUCAUUUUUUUUACAAUUGAGCUCAAUCAUCAUAAGUUUACACCUGAAAACUCAACAUGUAAUACUCCUGGGCUCAGAAUCAUGUGUACUAUGCAAAAAAAAAAAAAAGAAUGAAAAACAUGAUUCCCUCAAAGUUGAAGGUGUACAAAACAAAGUCAAAUAAUCAGGACAGUGACCAAGAGAAGUAUAGAUAAAAAGAAUACAGUAAUAGAUACCAAAAUGUGGUUGCUUUUUUUUAGCCUUUAAUGUAGUGAUAAAAUUGAUGGCAACGACCCAAAAAGUUACAAAACCUAAUUGAAAAUAUGAUGAUAUAAUAAAAGGGGACAGCUACUAAUAAGUUAAAACGUUAAAGUUGCAAUUGACAACUUUUUUUGCUUUAAUUUACAAAUAUGAAGUUAAUGUUGAUAGCACAAUGUCAAGGCUAUAGAAUGAUGACACCAUCUGCGUUUAGAUUGGUUUCCUAAAAGCCAUGCAAGUCUGUCUGCUUCCGGGUCGCGAUCUCCCCUCACAAGGAAGGCUCGCUUCACGGCACACAAAUGAAGAGGAUACGCUUGAGUGUUGCCUAUAAUUAUGAAGGUAAUAAAAUAAUAACACAGAGGCUCCGUAGUCUGAACCAAGACGGCAAACUCUUUAUAACUCCCACAGUGUCACGGCAGCACAUUACAGCUACACUCCUUCUGCUCUUACCUUUCACAAUAAAAGCCCUAGACACAUACACUGCAUCACUGCUUACCAGAGAGCAUUUUGCUAAGAGGCAACUAAACAGAAUAGCUUACAGUAGCUAUCCCCGGGUAGCGGACAGUGGAACAACCGGUUUAACCCAGUUGGUGGAGGCAAAGAAGGCGAGUGAUACAAACCUGCUCUAUUAAGCUAGAUCAGGAAGUAACAAACCUGCCUACUUAUUAAUACCACCAGGCUUGCUUUGGAUAGUAGACGGGCCACAAGCAGUAGCCAUGUUGCUAACGACAUAUGCACAAGUAGAUCAAUCUUCUUGUUCAUAUGAACAUCAACGGACAGAUGGGGGAGGAUUUAAUGACUCUUUGCAUGAAGGAGUUUUACUCUUGAAACUCUUGUGAAAUUGUGCAAAAUCUGUAAUGCACUGGUAACUAACUGAAUCCAUGCCUGGCAGCACAUUAAUUCUGCUGUAAUACAUUGUUUUAAUUGGCCGGGCCCAUCACCAUCGGACAAAAACCUUUUGCAGACAGAAGUCAAAGGCUUCUGGUGUAGUCAGUGUCCCACUCAUUAAAGCGUUGUUGAAGUGAAGUGCUCCCUUAAUAGCUUCUUGAUUGCACGUUGGCAACCUCAGCUUGUAAUCCUCGUCGUUUCCCUGCUUGCCUUCGGUCAGGGGUUUCGGACGGAGUAAUUAUAAGAGAUUUGUAACAAAGCCUGUGACAUGACUGCCACACACUUUAUACACCAGGGAUUUCAGACCAGGUCCGUACCCCUCUGUGUCCCACACCCGUUCCCUCUUAGUUGUUAUGGGACUAUGGAGAGCUUGAGGAAGCACUAUUGUCCGCAGCCCUGGUGACACUGCUGGACAAAAAGCCACUAAAGAGAGAGAGAAUUUUAAAGUGAAGUAUUGCUAUGAAGUAAUCCUGUGGGCACUGUUAGUGGCAUGCCAUGCAAUGUGAACGCUUGGCAUGAUCAUAUGUGCACAAAUAAUACAAAUAUUGACCAAAUGUCCUAAUAACGAUAUGACAACACAAAAGAAACACGAGGAUAAAAGCACCUCAAGGGUAUUUUGUCCUUUUAAAAAAAAUAUUUUUUCUGUAAUAUUCUGCUGUAACACACGUAAAGGGUAGACGGGAAGUUGUUGUAUAUACUGGAAUGUAUGUAGUUUAAUUUACUUUUUGACCAAUUGUGUUCUGUCAUACAAGGGCUCAGGGGAUAGUGGGUCUGUGGGAUGUUGGGGAAGACAUUUAUCAACCACUGGGUGUUCUUGUUUAUUCUUUUUGUCUCCGUUUUCCAGUCUGCCCUUGCUGCACCACACAACACAGUAUAAAGCUCUCACCACAUAUCUAGUGCAGAGAUAAACGAGUAAAAAGUGCUUUUAAAUUUUAUUCCAUUGCUUUCAAAUGUGCCACUCAGUGUCUGUUAGGAUGGUAAAAUUAUUUUGUGAAUGAUAAAAUGCCAAAUUAAGGGGUUAUUUAUAUGAAGAUAUAUAUAAAUAAAUGCAUAUAUAUAUUAUAUAUAUUAGAUAUGUGUAGUUUAAGAUUAUUAUGUUUGUUAGAGGCUUUUUUGCACUAGUGGAAUGUUUUUGUUGUGUGAUUACAUGUAACCUUUGGCUCUCUAGUUUGUCAAAAAAAGCAGAUUAUUUUUGCAGAGCAAGUCACCGAUUUAAUUUCCUCAGUUUCUACUGUAUCUCCUCUUUGUUUUCUAUUUGAACUGUAGCUUGUCAACAAACCAUUAUGUGCGUGUUUUUGUAUUUAUAUUGUAUUGUUGAACUUAAAGCAAUGAAAAUACUGUUGUUAUCCAGCUCCUUUAAUACUGUUUUAUAGUAUGUGUACCAAUAAAUCCAGGUGUAAAACAGGACAUAA